CAUCUUACUGGAAAUGAAUCAUCAGAGCCGCAAAAUGGCGUUUCCAUCUCCAAUGUUAUGCAUAUAUUCAGUGUUGCUGUUCAUCGCUUCGUCCACGGUGGCUGCUGCUCCAGGUUCGACCAAGAUCAGCAAUGGCAGCGACGUCGACCUCGCCGCACUGCUGGCUUUCAAAGACCGGCUCUCCGACCCUGAAAGCAUCCUUGCAGGCAACUGGACCGCCGGCACACCGUUCUGCCAGUGGCUGGGCGUCUCGUGCAGCCGCCGCCGGCAGCGCAUCACCGCCCUGGAGCUGCCGGCCAUUCCUCUCCAAGGAGAGCUCACCCCUCACCUUGGUAACCUCUCUUUCCUCUCUGUCCUCAACCUCACCAACACCGGCCUCACAGGACACAUCCCUGAUGAUAUAGGAAGGCUGCGUCACCUCAAAGUCCUUCGUCUUGGUCACAAUGCCCUGUCAGGUGCCAUCCCUACUGCCAUAGGAAACCUCACAGGGCUUCAAAUUCUUCAUCUCCACUUUAACCAUCUAUCUGGUCCAAUCCCUGUAGAGCUGCAACGCCUGCACAACCUUAACAGCAUGAAUCUCGAAACGAAUUACCUCACUGGCUUCAUACAGAAUGAUCUAUUCAACAACACACCUUUGCUAACUUUUCUCAGCAUCGGCAACAACAGCCUAUCAGGGCCAAUACCAGGUUGUGUGGGCUCCUUGCGGAUGCUCAGGUUCCUUGACCUGCAGGUGAAUAAUCUCACAGGACCGGUGCCACCAGUCAUCUUCAACACGUCCACUCUGCGUGUUUUAGAUCUUGUCAAGAACAGCUUAACUGGCCCUAUCCCAGGCAACACAAGUUUCAGCCUCCCAGCUCUGCGUUGGUUCUCCAUCGAUUGCAACAAUUUCACUGGUGAAAUUCCAAUGGGGCUUGCAGAUUGUCCUCACCUCCAAGUUCUUUCCCUGGCUGAAAACUUAUUCGAGGGUGUUUUUCCACCAUGGCUUGGCAAAUUGACAAAUCUGGAUGACAUCUCCUUAGGAGGGAAUUACCUUGAUGCUGGUCCGAUCCCUACUGCACUCAGCAACCUCACCAAGCUAAGUGUGCUAGAUCUUGCGACGUGCAACCUAACAGGAACCAUCCCAGAGGAUAUUAAGCACCUAGGCCAACUUUCAGAGUUGCAUCUUUCAUUCAAUCAACUAACAGGACCCAUACCUGCUUUUCUUGGCAACAUGUCCGCAUUAGCAAUUCUGGCAUUGAGUUUUAACCUGUUUGAAGGAUCUGUACCAGCAACAAUUGCUAUGAACUCGUUAUUGACAUUUGAUAUUGCGAAAAACAACCUACAGGGGGAUCUCAAGUUCCUUUCUAGUCUUUCCAAAUGUAGAAAGCUUUCUACGCUUCAGAUAGACUGGAAUUAUUUCACCGGAAGCCUCCCAGACUACAUUGGGAACCUGUCGUCACAGUUGACAUGGUUCUCGUUAUCUGCCAACAAGUUAACCGGAACUCUUCCAGCUAACCUUUCAAAUUUAACUGGUGUUGAAGUGCUAGAUAUUUCAGAUAACCAACUGCACAAUGCAAUUCCAGAAUCAAUCAUGAUGAUGGAGAAUCUCCAAUGGCUUGUUCUAAGUGGAAAUAGCUUGUCUGGCUCCAUCCCAUCAAACACUGCAGUACUAAGGAAUGCUGUAAACCUGUUCCUUGACAGCAACAAAUUUUCUGGAUCCAUACCCAAGGACAUCGGGAACCUCACUAAGCUAGAGAACCUUCUAUUGCAUGAUAACCAUUUAACAUCAAAUGUACCACCAAGCUUAUUUCAUCUUGGUAGCCUCAUCAAUCUAGAUAUUUCUCGAAACUUCUUGAGCGGUGCAUUGCCGGUUGAUAUAGGUUAUUUGAAGCAAAUUAAUAUCAUGGAUCUCUCUUCCAAUCGCUUUUCUGGAAGAAUGCCAGAUUCGAUAGGACAACUUCAGAUGUUAACAUACCUCAACCUAUCUGUCAAUGAAUUCCAUGAUUCCAUUCCAGACUCUUUCGGUAACCUAACUGGCUUGCAAAGUUUGGAUAUCUCCCACAACAAUAUUUCUGGCACCAUCCCAAAAUAUUUGACUAAUUUUACCAGCCUUGCUAGCUUGAAUCUGUCUUUCAAUAACCUCCAUGGUCAAAUACCAGAAGGAGGUGUCUUCUCAAAUAUCACCUUGCAAUCAUUGGUGGGGAACUCAGGGCUAUGCGGUGUUGUCCGUUUAGGAUUUUCACAGUGCCCAAAAACCUCCCCCAAAAGAAACAGUCACAGACUAAAAUAUUUACUCCCUGUUAUAAUCAUAGUAAUGGGAGCUGUAACUUCUUGCCUAUAUUUAAUGCUUAGACAGAAAGUUAAGCAUCAAAACAUUUCUGCUAGUAAUCUUGACGUGAUCGGCCACCAAUUACUCUCCUAUAAUGACCUUGUCCGUGCUACUGAUGAUUUCAGUGAUGAUAAUAUGCUGGGGUCAGGAAGCUUUGGAAAAGUUUUUAAGGGCCAGCUGAGUAGCGGUUUGGUGGUUGCGAUAAAAGUUAUACACCAACAUCUCGAACAAGCCUUCAGAAGUUUUGAUACCGAGUGUCAUGUUCUUCGAAUGACUCGACAUCGCAAUUUGAUAAAGGUUGUAAACACUUGUUCCAACCUGGACUUAAGAGCACUAGUUCUUCAGUAUAUGCCGAAGGGUAGCUUAGAGGCACUCCUGCACUCAGAAGAAAGAAUGCAAUUAGGCCUCCUCGAGAGGUUGCAUAUUAUGCUAGAUGUGUCAAUGGCAAUGGAAUACCUACACCACGAGCACCAUGAAGUGGUCCUACACUGUGACUUGAAACCUAGCAAUGUUCUGUUUGAUGAGGACAUGAUGGCACAUGUGGCAGAUUUUGGCAUUGCAAGGCUGUUGUUAGGCGAUGACAGCUCUAUAAUUUCAGCAAGCAUGCCAGGAACAAUUGGCUACAUGGCACCAGAGUAUGGGAUUCUUGGAAAAGCCUCACGAAAAAGUGACAUAUUCAGCUACGGGAUCAUGCUGCUUGAAGUGUUUACUAGGAAGAGACCCACAGAUGAUAUGUUUGUGGGAGAACUGAACAUCAGGAAGUGGGUUCACCAAGGGUUUCCUGCAAAGCUUGUCCAUGUUGUAGACAGCCAGCUUCUACAGGAUAGCUCUUCUUCUACCAAUAGCAUUGAUGACUCCCUUGUGCCAGUGUUUGAGCUGGGUUUGCUCUGCUCGGCUGACUCCCCAGAGGAAAGGAUGGCAAUGAGUGAUGUGGUCGUGACACUGAAGAAGAUUAGGAAAGACUAUGUCAAAUCGACAACUAACAACAAUGGGGUGCACUACUGAGCAUUGAUCUGUUACCCUGGUCACUUUGUAGGGAAAUACAGAUGAAUGAGUUAUCCUCUGCAUCAAUAUAUACUUCAGCAUUAAGAAUAACAAAAGAAUGGCAUGCCCAGUGACCUACUUCUCUUUAAUUCUAUGUGUAUGGUUAAACAUGACUAUUUGUCUUCCCCGCAAAAAAAAAAAAAACAUGACUAUUUGUCUU